GCAUUCAGAGUGCAAGAAGCCAUUACCUUAAGCCUUAAAAUUGUAAAAUAGUGAAAAAUGUCGGGAUUUACUGAUGCUGCUUUAGAGAAAAAACUUGCUGAGUUGAAUUGUUCUCAACAGAGUAUUCAAACGUUGUCUCUGUGGUUAAUUCAUCAUAGAAAGCACCAUAAAACUAUUGUUCAAGUUUGGUAUCGUGAGCUUUUAAAAGCAAAACCAAGUCGAAAGCUGACAAUGAUGUACUUAGCUAACGAUGUGAUUCAAAACAGCAAGAAGAAGGGACCAGAAUUUUCAAGGGAAUUUUUGUCUGUUCUUUGCAAAGCUUUUCAUAAUGUGACAGAUGUCCCAGAUGAAAAGACCCAAAUAGGUGUAAAGAAGAUUUUGAAAGUUUGGGAAGAUAGAAAUGUGUACAACAACAAUGAUAUUGAAGAAUUCCGUAAAGCCACACAACAUCAUACUGAACAGAUUUGGACUACAGAAAUAGAACCUCCAGUGAAGAAAAUAAAACCAAUCCCUGAAGAAAAGGAUCAAGUUCAUUCUUUACCUCCUGGAGAUCCACCAGAUGUAAGUGUUCUCACAGAACCUGAAGAGUUAAUCAAAGCACUUCAAGAUCUAGAAAAUGCUGCUUCUUCUGAUGCAGUAGUUCGGGAAAAAAUUGCAAACCUUCCACCUGAGGUUUCUGAUGUGUCACUGUUAGAAAAGUUGGAUGAUAAGGAGGCAGCAGAUAAAUUGUCAAAACAGGUGGAUGAAGCAUGCUCUUUAUUGGAUGACUACAACAGCCGCCUACAGCAGGAAUUAGAAGAUCGGAAACAAGUAGCCAAGAUGUUGAAUGAUUAUACAUAUGCACAGAGAAAUGCAUUAGCUUUAGCUGAACAAAAACUUGAGGAAUACAGAGAAAAACUUCAAAAAGUAACAAGAGUACAAAAUGAAUUGAAAUCACACCUUCAAAAUCUCCCAGACCUGACUCUGCUUCCAAAUGUUACUGGAGGCUUAGCUCCACUACCCUCUGCUGGAGACCUUUUCAGUCAUCACUGAACCAGCAUUUAGAUUAAUUUUGUAGUUAAUGUAUAGAACAAGACUAUAUUCAAGUCACGUGAACCAAUUUAAAAAUAUUAAUUUAAGAAAAAUAUGAUUAAAAACAGGGUAAGCUUAAACAGUUGAUAAUACUUGUUGGUAAAAUCAUGAGGUUCCUUUUACAUAUCUUUUAGUACUCAUAGAACAUAACCAAAAGUGAGGGACUGGACACAACAUGAAGUCCUUAAAUUUCAUUGUAAGUCUUACAAAAAAAGGGUACAUUAGCAUAAAUACAGAGAUGUACAACAGUUUAUAUGCACACUUUGCACCACAAACAAAGCUUUAUUACAAAGAUAAAAACAAUACCAUUAAAAAAUGCUGAUACGUGUCUGAGAUGAAGUAGAAACACAUAUUAGAUUAUUAGAAACAUAAACUGGUGCUUAUGCAAAUUCUUAUAAAAAAUUAAGAAAUUGUUAUUGUAAAUUCACAAUAACAGAUACAAUUAUCAUUUGUAUACAAAUUUUUUAAAAAUUGGCAAAAUACAUGAGCUUGGAAGAAUAAUAUGUUGCUUAACUUAAAAAGAACCAAUCUUGGUAGCUUCUAAUUUAGUCAUAAGCAACUCUUUUUUUUUUUUUUUCUUAUAGCUGUACAGUAUUUUGUUUGUGCCUCAGUUAUCAUAGGCUUGUGUUUUUUAAUGUAUUUUUUGUAGUUAAAUAUGAUUCUGACAUCAAACUUAAUGAGGUUUCACUGCUUUUCAAGAAGUGUUUUAUGGUUGAUAAUUUGCAGCGUGAUCUAAAUCUUAGAAAAUGAUUAUUUUGUACUUUGGGAAUUUGAACUCCAUAAUCUUCAAAAGAUAGGUAGUAUUUUAACCUUCAUCAGCACACCUUUGAAAGGUUACGUUAUGGAACACCUGGAUUAGAAAAAAGGAUUAGAAAAAACCUUGAAAAUUCAAAAUCCUCUGACCUUAUAUGUAUCCAUACCUAUCUCCGAGUUAUCCAGUAAGAUGAAAAUUUAAAGAAAUGACCAAUGUUUCCUCUUUUUCUCAAGAUACAGCAAAGCAAUUAAUGGUCACAGAUCAUGAGACAUAAUCACGAAAUUAUAUUGCAUUUAAAACUUAUAAUAAUGGCAUAAACAUUAAUAAAGUCAACCUUUGUCCCUCUUCAUUAUUCUAUGUUACAUGAUGAACAAUGCAUGAAACACUUCUUUAAAUUAACUUUGAUAUAAAUUAAACCAAGACUUAAAUACAUUGUCAGUAUGACGUAUUCACAAUAUGUAAGGAUAUAUUUGAAAGCUAAAACGUACUAUUAAUAAAUUUCCUAGUUCAGGGAAAAGUGAAAAAAUUAAUCAACUGUUAUUUACUAAAUGCUAACAAGUCAUACAAUAGAAGGUAAAAAAUGACACAGUAUGUGGUAAUGCUGCUUAUUCUUCAUUAUAAGUGUAAUUUAUUAUAUCCAAUGUGAACAUGAACUGGCAAAUAGUACAUGUAGUAUGACCAGUGUCACUUUUAUAUCAAUUUAUUUAUUAGGACGCAUUUUUAACACCAGAAUACAAUGCUUUAAUAAAAGUUGUAAUGCCAUUAGUUUUUGAAAUUUCAAACCAGAGCUUAUUGUUACAGUCAUUUU